CACAAUCCUGAGAAGUGAGAAGCAUCCCUGUUUCUCUUGCACCCACUCAGUUUUUGUUUUUCUCUCAAAACUUUCAAAACAUUCUCUCUUUCUCUCUCUCUUCAUGUGUAUGCAUUUGUGUGUAAAUAACAAGGAAACAUAGCAAAUCCAUGGCAACCAACAAGUUUGCAACCAUGUUGCAUAGAAACACCAACAAAAUCAUUGUUACUCUAGUCUAUGCAUUGCUUGAAUGGGUCUUGAUAGUCCUCCUCCUCCUCAACUCUUUGUUCAGUUAUUUGAUCAGAAAAUUUUCCAAUUACUUUGGCCUUAAACCACCCUGCCUAUGGUGUUCUAGAGUUGAUCACUUCUUGGAGCCUGGGAAGAUCACAAACUCUUACAGAGAUCUUGUAUGUGACACUCAUGCCACUGAAAUUUCCAAGUUGAGCUACUGCUCAACUCAUAAAAAAUUGGCUGAACUGCAUAAUAUGUGUGAGGAAUGUUUGGCUGCUGAAAGCUCCAUGGGAAGGACACAGAGGAUUGCUUUUAUCUCAUGGGUGAGUGACAACCAUAGUGAAAAUGGUGAAAAGAUUUUCAGGUGUUCAUGCUGCAACGAGAGCUUGAGCUGCAAAUUGUAUCCUCCUUUUUGGCUAUUAAAACCUUCUUGGGGAGCUUUGGAUCGUACCCAGAAAGACAAUUUUGUCAUAGAAGCGGUGGAUGAUGAUGAUGACAACAGUGAAGGUGACUCUCCGUCAAAUCACAAGGAAAACGACAAUGAUCAGAUCCAUGAAGACAACAGGGAAGAAAAUCUAAUUAGCUUCAAAGAAGUGGCAAAGGGAGAUGAGUCGCUUGAAAUAAUAAAUAUGCAUUUCAAGAAUUAUGCUGCAUGUGAGUUGACUCGUUUAAUCCCUGUUGAGUUGAUUGAUUCUUCAACUACUGCAAACCAAGGAUCAUGCAAUCUGAAAAAGGAAGAUCUGACAGAGCAUGAUCACCAAAAUAGCCCUGCUGAUUCAGAGGCACGGAUUGAAACACAAGAACUCAAUGUCUUAGCAGAGAAGGCAACUGAAGAACCAGAUGAUCUACCAGCAUCUGGAAAAGAAAUAGACAGCUUAAAUCUGUUGUCUGAUCAAACUUCAGCCAAGGCCUUGAUAGGUCAAGAAGUGUCUGACCACGCAGCUGAGCUUCAGCCCCAAGCUGAAGAAACAAUUCCUUCAUUGUCAUGCCUGCAAGAAGAUCAGUCUUCCACUAAAAAUGAUGACACUGAAAUUUCUACUGCCACAGAUGUAUUUAUGGCUCAGAAUGACCUUGGUCCGAAGUCCAUGGGGAAAUCUACCCUGCAAGAGAAGACAAUUUUGGUUGAAAAGACUCAAGAAGGGAUAAACAAUCAUGUACCCAUGCCUUCAGAGCCUAAUGAAGCAGAGGAAGAGAAAUUUCCUGAUACACCAAAUUCGGUUGACAGUAUCCAUUACUUGCAGAAGAAACUAUUACUAUUUGAAAAGAGAGAGCCAGGAGCUGAAGAAUCUUUAGAUGGAAGUGUGGUAAGUGAAAUGGAAGGUGGAGAAGCAGUCAAUACCAUUGAACGGCUGAAAGCAGCACUAAAAUCUGAACGAAAAGCUUUAAGUGCAUUAUAUGCAGAACUAGAAGAAGAGAGAAGUGCAUCUGCUAUAGCUGCCAACCAGACAAUGGCUAUGAUAACCAGGCUUCAAGAAGAGAAAGCAGCAAUGCAGAUGGAAGCGUUGCAAUACCAGAGGAUGAUGGAAGAACAAGCUGAAUAUGACCAGGAAGCCUUGCAACUUUUGAAUGAGCUCAUGAUCAAGAGAGAGAAGGAGAAGCAAGAACUUGAGAAAGAGUUGGAAAUAUUUCGUAAGAGGGUUUUGGAUUAUGAGACGAAAGAGAAGAUGAGAAUGAUGAGAAGAAGUAAAGAUGGAAGUUUAAGAAGUAGAAACUCUUCUGCUUCUUGCAGCAAUGUGGAUGACAGUGAUGAAAUAUCAAUUGAUCUAAAUCGAGAAGCAAAGGAUGAAGAUAGUAGCUAUUCUGGGCAUCAAGAUAGCAGUCAAAACACUAGCCCUGAUAAUGCAGUAUUGAAUUUGGAAGAAAUUGCACUAGACUGUGUGAAGCAUAUGAGUUCUCUUGAUGAAUCAUUGGCGGAAUACGAGGAAGAGAGGCUAUCCAUUCUGGAUCAGCUCAAAGCACUGGAGGAGAAGCUAAUCACAUUAGGUGAUGAUGAAGGAUUUCUUGAGGAUGGGAAAUCAAUUGGGAAUUCCUCAACGUAUGGUGUCAAAGAGUUUGAAGAUCAUGAUUUUACUAGUCCAGAAGAAAAUGGGAUUUCAGAUGGAUUUCUGAAGGAUAAACAUUAUCCAGAGGGAAAAACUAUGAAUUCAAUGGCAAAGAGGCUCCUUCCUCUCUUGGAUGCCACCAGUAAUGAAAACGAAGAAGGGUUGUUGUUAUUUGAAGAAAAAAGUGAAUCAGAAUAUGUUGAAAUGCAAAACUCGUUGGUAUCCAAUUUUGAACUGGAUAGCAAGAAACUAACCAUUGAAGAUGAGGUAGAUCAUGUUUAUGAGAGGCUACAAGCUCUUGAAGCAGAUAGAGAGUUUCUCAAGCAUUGUAUGAGCUCCAUAAAGAAGGGAGACAAGGGAGUGGAUCUUCUUCAAGAAAUCUUACAACAUCUUCGAGAUCUGAAGGCUGUGGAAAUUCGUGUGAAGAACAUGACUGAUGACCCUCUAGAUUGAAGUUGCACAUGGCUGCCACAAAUGAGAAUGACAAGAGAUUGCUUUCUCAGAGGUGAGUAAAGAUGGCACUGCAGAAGUAAGUGGUUAGCCAAACCACUUCAUACUAAGCACGACAAAAAGCUCAUCAAAAUCUAUGCCUUCUACUGCUAGUAAGUCUCUUGAUGGAGAGGGACAUUCCUGGUAUGUUUUGUUUGAAUUGGUGCAUGAGAUGCAGGCCUCAGAAUUGAAGCCUGCUUCAAUUUUUUUUUUUUUUCUUUUGGAAUUGGGUCUACUACAAGUUUGGUGGGAAGCCUAAGAUUUUGCAGGGACCUCCUCAUUACCACCUUUUCCUAAGCAACUGUGAAAGAUGUAGAGGAGUUUCUUCUCUGCCUGACCUCAGUGUGUAGGUCAGGACACUUGGGCUUCAAUUUUUCUUUUUCUUUUAUAGUUUUAUUCCUGUUUCUUUCUUAGAGGAUGUGGAAAUUAAGGGAGAACUUGAAGGAGAAGAGAAAAAAUUUCUCCUCCUCUUUUGUUGUUAAAUUUCAUAUGGGCUUCUAGUGUCUGGGGGCCAGAGUUAUUUGUAUACCACAUUAUCAGCUGUCUAUAUUUCUGAGUGAGGGUUGUCAUUAAUGUUCUAGUUGCUUAUAUCUUUCAAUUUCUUAACAAGUUCAUAGCAUGGAGA